CAAAAAACAAAAAAUGGGUCUUUCUCAGCCCCAUGUCCCUGAUGUUGAUGUCUUCUAAUAGAUUGAAUAACAGUCAGGGGAAGAACAAAUGAAGAACAAUUCGCUGUGUUCUUGUUUGUUAGGGAUUGCGUUUUGGAUUAGCCCUCCACGUUGAAAUCAAAUGAGGGCGGCCCACUCGGAGCUUCCCCUCUGUUCAUCAAUGGCGUGUGCCCAAUCACCAUUCCUUCUCUUUGUUUUAAAUAUCCAUCUCUGAGGGCCACUCCGCCCGACACCCCCUCCUUCAAUCUUGCUAGUUGGAUUUGGUGGCCAUCCAUUCACCCUCUUGAAAAACACUUCAGAAAACCCAUGUGGGGUUUUGUUUUGAAGAUAAACGGUUGAUUUUGAUUAUCUCAUCUUCUUUAUUUUGAGCUUUUUGUUAUGUUUUUGAAGUUAGGCCAACGAUUUUGGCGUGUUUCUGAACUGUUUGAUUAUUGAUUUCACUUGUAAUCAAAGUUAGGAAAUCUUCUUGGGUUUUACUCGUAAAUUUCUUGAAUUUCUGGUGACCCUCUGCGACCCACUUCACCUUCCUGUUUUCUUCUUUUCCAACCAUUUUUGUUGCUCUUUUUGCUUCUAUAUACGCUUUGCUACCAAUUCUUUGUUGGUUAUGAGAUGCGCUUUAAAGGGUUCUUACUGAAUUGGCAGUUUUGGGCUUGCCCGGCAGGUGUUUGAUGUUUUGCCUCAAUGAAUAUUUGAAGUUUGGAUAUGAGAAUUUCAUGAGUUCGAAUUGUUUGCUUUUGUCCCAAAGUGGGUUCCGUUUCUCUUUUAAUCAUUAGGAGCAAAACUUGUGUGAUUUUGGUCGUCUUUGUGCUAGAACUGGCCCUUCAGUCUUAGUUAUCCUUUCAUGAGAACUAUUCCCUGUUCUUCUGUGUUCAUGUUUCCAAAACUUUCCAUGUUCGUGUAGCUUGUUGUCUUGUUCUUGAUAAGGAGCCUGGUUGGUUCUAGUUUGAAAGGGUUGUUUUGCAAUGAUUCAUUCUGGUUUCUUCCUUUCGGGUCCAUCGCUUAAUUCUGAUGCUACUACGUCUUUCAUAUCGAUUCCGGUGUCUGGAGGAGAUGGCGCUACGGCGUUGGAUGCCAUCCCCCCUUCUUUCUGGGUUAAAACAGCCAUGAAAGUAUCUAGAGCCAGAUGGUUUAUUUUCUUGAGAAGAGUUUUCCAUUACCAAAACGGAUCGAGAUCUGAUCUCGGGCCAAAUCCUUUUGAUUCGGGUUCGUGGAUGGUGAUGGAACUUGUAGCUCUGUUAUUUCAGCUAAUCAUCUCAGUGAUUACUCUUGCCAUUUCACAGAUUGAGAGGCCAGUUUGGCCUAUGAGAUUGUGGAUAGGUGGUUAUGAUCUUGGCUGUGUUCUUAGCUUAUUGGUUCUCUAUGGCCGCCAUCGGUAUCGUUAUCGUUAUCGAAUCCAGGGAGAUGGGAACAGUAUUUCGGAUAUCGAACACGAACAGCAGAGGAGUAAUGAAUCAUCAAGGUACUCACAUUUGAUGAACAAAUGUCGCACGUCUCUUGAUCUUUUCUUCGCGAUAUGGUUCGUAAUGGGAAAUCUUUGGGUCCUCGAUUCUCGCUUCGCCUCGUUCGAAAGAGCUCCCAAGCUACAUCUACUAUGCAGCUUCCUGCUAGUUUGGAAUAUCAUCUGCUACUCUUUCCCAUUCAUUCUGUUUCUGCUGCUUUGUUGCUGUGUGCCAUUGAUUAGUAGCCUUAUAGGAUAUAACAUUAACAUGGGAUCAACCGAAAAAGGAGCGUUGGACGAUCAAAUCUCCCAGCUACCUUACUGGAGAUACCAAGCAGUCCACGCCGACAUCAACCCCAAAAGUCGACCCGAUAACAGCCAUACGGGACUUCCAAAAGACGACCCAGAAUGUUGCAUUUGCCUUGCUAAGUACAUAGACAAGGAAGAAGUGAGACAGUUGCCUUGUUCCCAUGUGUUUCAUCUCAAGUGUGUAGAUAAGUGGCUUGCUAUUGCAUCUUCAUGCCCUCUCUGUAAGCAACAACUUCAGAGAUAAGAGAGCCAAGAAAGCAGCCGUUGAUGAAAUUCGGGGGAAAAAUGGAACCGGUCACUAUAUUGGGGGCGAGACAUGACCUUGACCACGACUGAAGAUUUGAGUACCGUUGAAAAGACCAAAGGAAUGGGGGAAUGACUUACCUGUAAUAAAGUACAGGCUAAUACGAGCCGAUUGGAAGAAGGAAGGCUUAGAUUACCGAAUCUUGGACAAUCUUCUUAGAGAGAGCCCCUUGCGUCGCCUUUUCUCGUUUUCUCGUUUAGAUUAGAGUCUCCCAUGGUUAGGUUACUUGAGUGAGUUCUAGUGCUCACCAGUUACCUAAAUAUACUGAAAUAUUGAAUGAUACAUAUAGUAGGAAAUUGAUGCCAUAUGUGUAGAUAUUAUGAGAACUAUAGUAUUUGUCUAAUGAAUACAAACCAAGUGUGCUUUUUCCCACUUUA